AUGGAUCAAGAUAAGAAACAAAAUGAACCUAGUGAUAAUUAAAAAGAAAAAUAACAAUAAAAUAAAGAUAAAUAAGAAAAAAGAUAAAAAUAAUUUGAAUAACCACCAAAGCCCUAAAUGAUUUUGAGGAUGCAAACUGGAAGAGAUGGUAUGAACUUUGAAGGAAUGGCUAGAGAUGAAGAAGUUAAUUCAAAUUAUUCAAAAGUCUUUCAAAAUAUUCUGAUCAAGAAUUGA